AUGAAGGGAACAGAUUUCCCAGAGCGACCGUGGUCCAAACUCGGAGCAGACUUCUUCCAACAUGAAGGCCGACACUACCUGCACAUAAUCGACUACUAUUCGCGCGAUAUCGAAAUAUACUUGGUGAGCAAGAAUGUAACAGCCUGUGAUACAGUAAACAAGAUGAAGAAUGCCUUUAGUCGACAUAGAAUCCCAGAUAUCUUAGUUACCGACAACGGACCACAGUUCGCCUCUGCAGAGUUCAACAAGAUUGCGGCAACAUGGGGAUUCGAUCACAUAACUUCAUCACCUCGGUACGCCCAGUCAAAUGGCGAAUCGGAACGAGCCGUCGAGACAAUAAAGAACUUUCUGAAGAAGUGCGAUGACGAGUACCUCGCUCUUCUAAGCUACAGAAACACACCGCUUCACAACGGAUAUUUUCCAUCACAGCUAAGUAUGGGUCGCAAACUAAAAACGAGAGUACCGUGCCACCCUGACGAGUUGAAACCCCAACUCCCAGACAAUGAUGUAGUGGGAAAGAGAGAAAGAGAGUACAGAAGAGAAAUGCGGGAAGACUAUGACCGCAGACACAGAGUUGCAGAGGGGGAGGAGUUAGCAGAAGGUGAUCGAGUAAGAAGAGCCUUAGGAAGCCCUCAGCCAACAUACGCUUCUACACAGUACAGGGCCCCUAUACUUCCCGAGAGAUACACGACUCCGGAAGCAAUACAAAGCCAGUCAAGCCCUCUCCCGGUACAACAACCAUCAGUCUCCGAGAAAGAGACCUUCAAUGAAAUGUCUGGACCCACACAAGGAGAUGGGAAUCGAGUACCAAAGCCGUGCCCUACGCCAGAGCAGGCAACCCUGAGGCGAUCAGAGAGAGUGCGCCGCAGACCUUGCAGAUACAUUGAAGAAUACUGA